AUGCUCAGACACGCUUUAUUGAAAAGGACCCCCGUCCUCCCGCGACUCACAAGUCGCAAGGCCUUCGUGCCAUUGAUCCAGAAACGAAAGUACUCUGAUGACGUCUUCCUUACCACCAACGCCGCAAACUACAUCGAUGAGAUGUAUGCCGCAUGGAAGGACGACCCCAAGAGUGUCCACGUCUCUUGGCAGUCUUACUUCAAGAACCUGGAUGGUGGCCUUCCUGCCGACAAGGCAUUCUCUGCCCCUCCCACUAUUGUGCCCUCUCCCUCUGGAGGUGUUCCCACCCCCGCUGCCCCCUCCGGCGCUCCUUCUGACAUCACCAACCACAUGAAGGCCCAGCUGCUGGUUCGAGCCUACCAGGUCCGAGGUCACACCAAGGCCAAGAUUGAUCCUCUUGGAAUCUCCUUUGGCUCCGACAAGAACAAGAAGCCCCCUAAGGAGCUGACCCUCGAGUUCUACGGAUGGACCGACAAGGAUCUCGACACCGAGAUCACUCUCGGCCCCGGUAUCCUCCCCCGAUUCGUCGAGAACGGUAAGAACAAGCGAACUCUCCGUGAGAUUAUCAUGGACUGUGAACGAAUCUACUGUGGCUCCUACGGUGUUGAGUACAUCCAUAUUCCCUCUCGAGAGGAGUGUGAGUGGAUCCGAGACCGAGUCGAGACCCCCAAGCCUUACAACUACACCCCUGACCAGAAGCGACGAAUGCUCGACCGACUUAUCUGGGCUAACCUCUUCGAGACCUUCCUUGCCUCCAAGUUCCCCAACGACAAGCGAUUCGGUCUUGAGGGUGCCGAGACUGUCGUUGUCGGUAUGAAGACUCUGAUCGACCGAUCCGUCGAUGCCGGAAUCGAGGACAUUGUUAUCGGUAUGCCCCAUCGAGGUCGACUCAACAUGCUUUCCAACGUUGUGCGAAAGCCCAACGAGUCCAUUUUCGCUGAGUUCCAGGGAUCUGCUGUCUUCGACGAGGGUUCUGGAGAUGUCAAGUACCAUCUGGGUGCCAACUACCAGCGACCCACCCCCUCUGGAAAGAAGGUCAACCUCUCUCUUGUCGCUAACCCCUCACAUCUUGAGGCUGAGGACCCCGUUGUCCUGGGUAAGACCCGAGCUAUCCAGCACAUGAAGCAUGACGUCGGCACCUUCGACAAGGCCAUGGGUGUGCUCAUGCACGGUGACGCUGCCUUUGCCGGCCAGGGUGUUGUCUACGAGACCAUGGGCAUGCACUCUCUGCCUGCCUACUCUACCGGUGGAACCAUCCACAUCAUCGUUAACAACCAGAUUGGUUUCACCACCGAUCCUCGAUUCUCCCGAUCUACCCCCUACCCCUCCGAUCUGGCUAAAUCCAUCGAUGCCCCCAUCUUCCACGUCAACGCUGACGAUAUGGAGGCCGUCGACUUCAUCUUCAACCUGGCUGCUGACUGGCGAGCUACCUUCAAGUCCGAUGUCAUCAUCGAUCUUGUCUGCUACCGAAAGUUCGGUCACAACGAGACCGAUCAGCCCUCGUUCACUCAGCCUCUCAUGUACAAGAAGAUUGCCGACAAGCCCAACCCUCUUGACAUCUAUGUCGACAAGCUUCUCAAGGAGAAGACUUUUACCAAGGAGGACAUUGAGGAGCACAAGCAGUGGGUCUGGGGAAUGCUCGAGGAGUCUUUCAAGAAGUCCAAGGACUACGUGCCCCAUCAGAAGGAGUGGCUCGCUUCUCCUUGGGACGACUUCAAGACCCCCAAGGAGCUUGCCACCGAGAUCCUGCCCCAUCUCCCCACAUCUGUUGAGGAGAAGAAGCUCAAGGAGAUUGGAAAGGUCAUCUCCUCUGUUCCGGAGGGAUUCACCCUUCACCGAAACCUCAAGCGAAUCUUGUCCAACCGAGGCAAGUCCGUUGAGGAGGGCCAUGGCAUUGACUGGUCCACUGGUGAGGCUCUUGCCUUCGGUACUCUGCUUGAGGAGGGCCACCACGUCCGACUUUCCGGUCAGGAUGUCGAGCGAGGUACCUUCUCUCAGCGACACGCUGUUGUCCACGACCAGGUUAACGAGACCACAUAUGUUCCUCUGAACCACCUGACCAAGGAUCAGGCCGACUUCACCGUCUCCAACUCCCAUCUUUCCGAGUACGGUGUCAUGGGCUUUGAGUACGGUUACUCCCUGGCUUCUCCUGAGGCCCUUGUCAUCUGGGAGGCUCAGUUUGGUGACUUCGCCAACACUGCCCAGGUCAUCAUUGAUCAGUUCAUUGCCUCCGCCGAGACCAAGUGGUCUCAGCGAUCCGGCUUGGUUCUGUCUCUGCCCCACGGAUACGAUGGACAGGGUCCCGAGCAUUCUUCCGGACGAAUUGAGCGAUACCUGCUGCUCGGAAACGAGGAUCCUCUCCACUUCCCCUCUCCCGAUAAGCUUGAGCGACAGCACCAGGACUGCAACAUCCAGAUUGCUUACCCCACUACCCCCGCCAACAUCUUCCAUCUGUACCGACGACAGAUGCACCGAGCUUUCCGAAAGCCUCUGGCCUGCUUCUUCUCUAAGAACCUGCUGCGAAACCCCAUGGCCAAGUCCGACCUCUCUGAGUUUGUUGGUGAGUCUCACUUCCAGUGGGUCAUUGAGGACGACCAGCAUGGCAAGACCAUCAACAACAAGGAGGGCAUCGAGCGAGUUCUCUUCUGUUCCGGCCAGGUCUGGACUGCUCUCUUCAAGCGACGAGAGGAUCUUGCUGACAAGAAGACUGCUAUCAUCCGAAUCGAGCAGCUGCACCCCUUCCCUUGGGAGCAGGUCCGAGAGCUUCUGGACUCUUACCCCAACCUUAAGGAUAUCUGCUGGGCUCAGGAGGAGCCUCUUAACGCUGGUGCCUGGGUCCACAUCCAGCCUCGAAUGUACACCACCUUCCAGGCUACCAAGAACCACAAGCAUGCCCACAUUAGAUACGCUGGCCGAAAGCCUUCUGCAUCUGUUGCUGCCGGUACUAAGAAGCUGCAUCUUGCUGAGGAGGAGGCUCUUCUGAAGCAGGCUUUCCAGCAGGAGGAUAAGGCCUAA